GGGCGGGAAAGGGCGGUCUUCCCUCAGGCCGAGAGGCCCAGGGUCCUCCGGGCUGGGGUCCUGGCGGGGCGGGGGUUGGAAGGCCGGAGGCGAGGUGGGAAGGACGGCGGUGCCGCCUCAGGGUCUCUGAAAAUCCCGUUUUCUGUUGCUCAGCAGAGUUAGAAGAGUGGAAGGCGGUCUGGUAGGGGUGUGUGCUGGAAGACGGAAGAGACCUCGCUGAGUAGAGGAAGCAGGUGGAGUUGGAUGUAGAUGCAGGUUGAAGUGUCUCCCCUCUGGAACGGGCUGGCUGUGAGAGUCAGGAAAGGGACCAGAGGUGCCUGAUCUUCCGUACCUUUUACUCUGUAUCUCGGAGCAACUUUCAGAUUCUCUUGUGCCACAUGAUGGCUGAUCCUCGGGGAGGAUGACCAGGUACCGCUACCGCCAAAGGAUCGAGCCACAUAUUUUGGUGAAGGGAUUCCUGCCCUGCUGAUCAAGACCACGAUGAACUAUUAACUGAAUGCUAUGCAUAGUCUCUUAAAACUGAAAACAAGAAGAUUUCAGUUACAGAGAGAACUUACUGACUGAAGAUUCUGAAAAUGGAAUGGGGAGGAGAGUAUUCUCUUGAUUCUUCCAAUUUAGACUGUUUGUUAAAUGUCCUUCCUGGAGAAUUGGAGUUUCAACAAAUCCUUCAUGAUCUUGAUGAAAAAAUAAAGAAGAACUCUUCUAGCAUAGAACAGUGUCUUAAAGACCUGCAAUCAGAAGUAAAUGAAAUAUGUACCGAUGAAAUACUACAGAGCACAACUGACUGCCUUCAGUGGCUAAACAACUGCAAUUUUACUUCUCUCAGACCUUCUUCUACACACCACGGAGAGCUGAUGGAGUUCCUUAGGAGCCUGCAAAGCUUGCUGAAGAAUGAGCAAAAUCAAGAAGAAAUGAUACUUCACUUCCUUCUGGAUCUCUCUAGUCAGUGUGGUGUGUCAUUUCCCUGUACUCCAAGUGGGACGUCUUUUGACUUAACAUCUUCCCUUCAUGCCAUUGAGGAUGAUUCAACUAUGGAUGUGAAAUCUCUCUGGGAUGAUGUGAGAUUGCAUCUUCGACGAUUUUUAGUAAAUAGACUGCAAAGUCAAGAAGAAACAAAUACUAAUGCUGUACAACAACAAAUGGAGUUUAAAACUCAGUGCAUACAGCAACUUCUGUUUCUCUAUCCUGAAUCAGAAGUUUUAACAAAGUAUCAAAAUAUGCAGAAUAAACUGGUUAGCGAUCUUCUACAGAACUGUAUUUUGUCUAGUUGUGGUGAAACAAAUUUUGAUAAGGUGGUUCAUGGUUACCAAAGCUCCGUACCCACAUUAUGCACAAUGAUAAAAGAGGAUUUGUAUAUACUAAGUGGAACUAUUGAUCCUUCUUCAUCAUUGAAGUUUAUUAAUGAAACUUACCUGGAUACCAUCACUGAAGAAAUGACAGUUCUUCUUGAAAGACUUUGUGAGCUGCAGUUCAAAGAAAAUGCUCUACAUAUAGUUAAGGCAAACAAGAUUUCAAAGAAGCAUAGAGGAACAGUUCAUGCUGUGGCCUCCCAAGAAUACCACAAAAAAGGAAGGAACUUCUGCUUAACACUGUAUCAACUCAAAUGUCUUUCUCAACUUAUCAAACUCUUUUUAUUAAUGGAAGAAAAAAUUGAAGAGCUCUCUGCAGAAAUUCUGUUGGUGCCUUCAUUUACAGAGAGGAAUAAGAACGCUCAAGGAGUUCUGAAGAAAGCUAGUGGGGAGCUUUUAAUAGGAGAAACUAGAGCAAAUGAAACCAGUGUGCUUCCUGAGCAGUUACUUCAGGUAGAAGAGCCUAUUUUACUGAAUUUUGGCUGGAGAAAUGCAUUUAAAGACCUGUCUUCUUCUGUGGCUCACUGUAUAACAAUAGCAAUUGAGGAUUUUUCAACUAAAAUUCUUCAACAUGAGCAGAAAGAAGAGUUUUCAGCUGCAGGCUCUGCAAUGAGUCUUGUAAACAACCAGCAAAUGAGGGAGUCCUGCGGAGCAGUCCAACAGGAGGAGCAACCAAAACGAAUUGCUAAGUUUUGUUCUGACAUCAUGGAGGAACUUGACACAUUGCUUCCAUUGGCUCUGGCAUGCAGAGAUGAUUCUCUUCAGGAAAUUAGAGCAAACUUUGUAGAGGCCUGCAGCAAAGUGGCAACAGCUGUCCUGGCAAGACUAGAGGAGAAAAGCAAAGACGUUCCCUCCAAGGCUCCCCUGCAAGACUUGUAUGCUGCCCUUUCCACAGCGAUAUAUGUCUUUCAGCAUUUUACAAUGUAUAGCAAUUUAAUGAGAGAAACAAACAAAAAACCCCUGUUCCUAGUGCCUGUCCAACAAUAUCAGGAAUUCAUCAACGUUCUCCAGUUUCGAGUUACGAACUACUGCGUCAGAGUUUGUGCUACAAGCAUUUUACAGGAUGCUGAGAGCCACCACUGGGAUGACUACAAAGCUUUUUAUGAGGGGGAAAGAUGCUCAUUCUCUGUCCAGAUGUGGCAUUACUUCUGCUGUGGUCUUCAUCAUGAUCUGUGGACUAUUCUACCUCCCAAGACAGCCCAGGAGAUUCUUAGAGAUGUACUAGAGCAAUCUUUGGCUAUGCUGUCCUCCAGAUAUUGUCAGGCCUGCCCCAGUUACAAGAGAACACCACAAAUCAGAAUUGAUAUUGCAGCAAUUUUGAUGUCCACUGAAGAUAUGCUCUGGUCAGUUUGCAGCUCUGUACAGGAGUUUCUGAAUCCGCACGAAGACAGAGAUCUCAAGAUCUAUAAAAUACAUAGCCACUGCAAUAGUCUGCUCUCUGUGCUGUCUAUUUUAACUUCACCACUGAAGAAUUUGUAUGAGUCAUUUCUGAACAAUUCUGAUGAACAUCUUCCUCAAGAUUUUUCAAAAGUCUUUUAUCAUCCAUUACACUGGUUAUUUUGCAUACCAUCAUCCUGUUCUUCCUUAGUGAAGACUCCAUCAGCCAGAGAAAUGGCAGCCCAGGGUCAGCUGAAACUACUGUUAUCCCAGCCGUACUGUAAUUUGAAGUUGCUUUUGGAAACAUUGCUACAUCGUGACUGUCUGUUAGUGAAAAUUUUACUGAGAAGUUCAAGAAGUGAAGUACUGAAUCGUGAUGAACAAAGUUCUGUCUUAGAACAGAUAAAUAACAAAGAGCCUACUCUGAUUGAAACAAUCUUCACAGUAUUGUCUUACUGCACUUUAUCACCCAAAUCUCUUGGCAUUGCUUUUGAGACCUACAUGGAAAAAGAGCAGUUGUGGAAUUGCUUAUACAAUAUGACAGUUUCCAGUUGUGGUGAGUCGGAGCCAGAGGUUAUCAGAUGCUUGAAGUUGACUUUGAUUAAUUCAGUCAAGGGUAUAGUGAAGCAGAUAAUUUCUUUGAUGCAUUCAUGGGAGGCAACAGAAAACUAUGGAACAUACCAGCACAAGCAAAUAGUUCCUGAAAGGUUGCUGAAAACGGUUCCAAAGGAAUGGAAUUACACUCCUCGGGAAAUGAAGAGAAAAGAAUCUGGGAAAUGCUUCACAAGGCUUGCAGCUCAGGCAGUAUCUAUUGUAAUCAGCAAGUUACCUACAGUGAUUGCAUGUUUGCCUCCCCCAAUUAAGUACUUCUUUUUUCUGGCUGAGAGAAAAAUGUCAAGAAACUUUGCUGAAUUGAAGAAAGCUGGUCUGCUUGUCUGGAACUUGAUUGUAAUUAUAUGUCGGAUAUUUGAGGAUGGAAAUACUGCAGAACUUUUAACAGGUGCAACACUUGACAGAUGGAGCAAAGAAAAACUCAGUUUAGUUCGUGUGUGCUUAGAAAGUAUUAUGGGAAAACAGAGAAGUGGUCCUAAGCAAGUGACCCAGAAGGUUAUACAAAGCAUUGAACAGCAAAGACCAAACUGGAUUGAAAGCCAGUUGCUGAAGGCUAGAAAAUUGAGCACAGACUGUGCCUCAGUCACAGUAGAAGGUGCAACGUUAGAGGAAGGAGGUAUUGCACUUGGAUUCACUGAGCAGAAAAUAAACAUGAUGGUCCUGGAUAUCUGCCACAAACCAGGUGGCAGCGAGUACCUGAGGCAAAUUUAUCACAUCAUCCGGCUCAAUGAGGAAUAUUUAAAAGAGCAGCUGACUUGUGAGAAUUCUUCUGAAGAUGGUGUUACGUCCAGUCAAUGCCUGCCUUUGACACUGAAGGGCAGAGAACAGCAGCCUGUCUUCAACCCUUUCCAGGUGUACAGACAAUCUUGUGCAAAAGUGUUCAAUCAGUCAGCCAUUACUGAAUGGAACUGGGAUUGGUCAAACUUGCUGCCAAGUUAUUUGGGACUGCAUCAGAUGACCUUCAGGGUGCUGCUGGCACACAGGUGGGAGAUGAAAGAAGGUGCAGAUCUUGAAGAUGAGGAGAAAGUUAUGGUGGAACACUUAAAAAAUGUUUAUUUGACACAGAGCACUCCUACCGCAGAGGAUAAAGAAGAAUAAUUACUUUGACAGGUUUCGGGUAGCACCUUUUUCUGAAUUCAACAUGAUUAACUUAAUGGCUUAGUUAUAACUGACAGGACUAGAAAGCUCAGGAAUAUAUAUCUUGAGUAGGAGUUUUAAACUAAAGAAUGUUCCCGUUAUUGUCUAGUCACCCCAUCCAGGCAGCAAUUGUUCACACAUGCAUAAGGCCAGCAACAGUAUAUGAAAAUGUCAGUGUCACAAAACAAGGAAGGUGUAUCUCGAUACUGCGGAGGCAUAAACCUGAAUGACAAACUAAGACUGUUUUAGAAGCAUAAAACUCACUCUGAAAAUAAUGCAGCUUUGGACACAUGCUAAGCAAACACCCGUGCUAUGCUUCCAUCGACCAUUUUGGAGUCAGAGUCAGCCUGCCCCCAGUUAGUGUUGCUCAAGGACCUUUACUCUCUCUUGGCGCUUGUGUUCUAGUUAGUCCUGCCAUUAAAUCACCCAAAAUGUAUGAAAAAGGACAGGUAUAGGCCAUAGGUCUGCAGUCCUUUGUGAGUUGCCCCAGGAUGAGUAUGCCUGGCCAUUAUUCCCAAGCAAAACUGCAUCACCUUAUUGCCCUCACAAAUCCUAACUUAACAUCCAGUGUAUGUUAUACCUUAAAAGAUGCAUUAUAGAGAAACUUGUUGACAGCUUGUAAAGUUUUGAGAAGCAUCUUUUUAUUUAAAGGAAUUAUUCACAGGCAGUGCUCAAAGGACUAUCUUAACAGUGAACUGAGAAAAUGAUAAUGCGAUAUAUAUUUCUGAUAAAUAUAGUAAAAUUUCAUUUUCAAAAUAAGUGCUGUCUGAUAUUCAGAUUUUUGAUAUAUUAAAUGUUUUUCUUUUCAGUAAAGACUAAAAAUAGCUGAGUUAGGUGGCUAUUGUGACAAUGUUUUUUAUACAGACGGUGUGGUUAAUAUUUCUUCAGCUCUACAGAAAUCCAUCAUUUUUCUAUUUGUUUCUUGCAUUACAAGUCCAAGGGAACUAUUUCCUCUGCCUGAUGAAGGACCCUAGCAAGAUCUUGCUAAGGCUGCAAUCUGAGCUGCAGCUAUUCCUGUUCCCACCACAUCUUCUCACAGAUGCUAUUACGGACAUAACUCAAACCACCUGAAUAGGAGGAAGGCACCUUUUUUCCUAAAAACUUCAGCAGCAUCAUGAGUAACCAUAAGGCUAAUGCUGCUGUAGCAUCUAAUCUGAAAUGCAGUUUUUCCUGCUCUUAAUUGCUGGGGUUUUUUGUUGUGCAUAUAAAAUAUCAGACCAUUUAAAACGAAAUUGGGGACCACUGCAUCUUACAAAUCUCCAAAGAUCUUGUUACAACACUGCAUCAACAAGAGGGCUGUGAGGCACUGGUGCUUCAAAAAUGCUAAAAAUAUUAUUUAAAGAAUAAAAUAGACUUUUUCCUCUGCUGCUGACAUAGUCAUUUCAGAUCAUAAAGAAGUGAUGAAGUGUAAAAACAAUUUUUCUUUGCUCUGUAUUUCACCUUUGAAGAUCAGUUGUGGUCUUAAGGCUUAAAACAUGGCUACAGGGAUUGCCCAUGAUGGCAGGUACGGUAUUCUGACAAAUGAGGCACACAUGCUUCAAGCCAUACUAAUAAUGUGUUCCUGCACAUGGAAGCUGGAGUUUAGAAUAUUCUUUCCUAUUUUAUCAAAUUCUAUUGUACAUAAUUAACUUUUUGUAUAGUCACAUAAAGUGAAUUUCUGUCUAUGUAGUAAAACUGACUGAAAUACUUUUUGUGAAAAAGCUCCCCUUCCGGGAAACACUUAGUCUGAAUAGAAUAAACUUUGCAAGUGAAAUAAACUAACCCAGAAUAAAACCCCUCACUUACUCUGAAAUGGGAAUGCCCAUAUGGGGAGUUAUUCCAAACUGGUUAUUAUCCUUUAAAUUCACAACACACCUGGUUCUGGUAAAAAUUUAAAAAAAAAUUCUUUAUGCCCCUUCCUCCCUUCUCUCCCCGCCAAAGCAAUUCAGCAGUAACCCACUGGGUAGCACUAGGACAAUUUUGUCUUUCUUAGCAAGAGUAUAUUUAUAAUCUUUACCAAUGUGGAGCUGACAAGACAGAAUAACUAGCGUAAAUAAAAGCUGAACCUUUGCACAAUAUUUUAUUUGGAUGUUUUUCUUAUCCAAACCUCUCUCCCUCUAUAUAUACAUCUUUUAGAGUAUCUGAAUGCAAGCUAAUGUGUGUCUGAAAUUGAACUUGUCCCUCAAUCCUCACUGACAAAUAACAGGGCUUGGUUUGUUGGCAAUGUAGUGAUCCUAUUAACUGACCUUUUCAGGGUAUAAAAGAAACAUCAUCUUGGCAACAUCACUUAUGCUGAAUCGAUAUUUUUGCAACAUUCAGGUUGUUUCAAUAAAAUUACAGCAAUGAUAAGAGUUGUAUAACUAAGAUUGCUAAAUAACAUACCAUUAAUUUAUCAAGACUGCUUACUUUAAACUUAAACCCUUAAACGAUGCUUGAAAGAGCUGAUCAUUUUUACAUUUUAAGGUGUGUAAGAUUAGGAGUACUUGUGUAAGAGAUUGCUGCUUUCUUUGCCUUUUCUUAAUAAAACAAUAGUUCUAUAUCCUUAAAAAA